AUGGAUCCGGCGCCGGCGAGGUGGGAGGUUGUUGAUGGGGGUUUCUGUGAGUUUGUGUGGAGUGGGGUUACGGGGUAUGAUGUGAGGGCGAAUGCGGAUGGGAUGAGUUCUGCGGCUACUUCGACGGUGGAGCCGGUGACGGCUGAAGCUGCUGCCACUGCUGAGGCUGCCACCAUCACUGCUGCUGCUGUCGCUGCCGACACGACCUCUUCGUCUACAUCUACCUCUUCCUCCGAGACCAUCACCUCCACCACCUCCUCUUCCUCCGAGACCACCGCCUCCACCGCCUCCUCUUCCUCCAACACCACCCUCUCCCCCGUGAUCCUGUACUCCAACACCACCCUCUCCUCCUCCGCUUCCUCCAUCGUCGCCCCCUGGUCCAACACAACCCUCACCACCGCUGUUCCCACGGUCGCUGCCGCCGUCGCAGCUGGUAACACCAAGUACGUCGCCUCCACCUCAACCUCGACCGUGACUGUUACACUCUGGGAUCUUCCCUCCACCACCUCCUCCGACUCUUAUGUCGAGGGUGCUGAGGCGGUGACGAGGACUGUGUAUACCACUGUUUGGCACACCGCCGAGGCUACGACUGAGACGCAGACCGUGGAGGUGACGGAGACCGAGUCGAGGACGCAUGCGAGGCAGUUUGCUACUGCUGCGGCGUACUGGAACGGUACAUUGACUGCUGCCAGCAAUGGGACUGUUGUGAAUGGUAUUCAGUACUAA